UAUAUAAAUAGAGGCUUUCUUCAACUCUACACUCCUACCAGUUUUUAAGCAGCGCCAAUUGGACUAAGAAAGAGCAGAUAAAAUUUAAACCACCAAACACAAAAACCAAAACCUUCGCAUUCAGUCAUCGAUGGCCACCAAAGUUUACAUCGUGUACUAUUCGAUGUAUGGACAUGUUGAGAAACUAGCUGAAGAGAUCAAGAAAGGUGCUGCAUCUGUGGAAGGAGUGGAAGUCAAACUAUGGCAGGUACCUGAAACACUCUCAGAAGAGGUUCUUGGAAAGAUGAGUGCGCCACCAAAGACUGACGUGCCUAUUAUUACUCCUAACGAUCUUGCUGAUGCUGAUGGGCUUAUCUUUGGGUUCCCUACUAGAUUUGGAAUGAUGGCAGCUCAGUUCAAAGCUUUUCUAGACUCAACAGGGGGUCUAUGGAGAACACAAUCUUUGGCUGGCAAACCCGCUGGAAUCUUCUACAGUACUGGGUCUCAAGGUGGUGGUCAGGAAACAACUGCAUUGACAGCAAUCACUCAGUUGGUUCACCAUGGACUAAUCUAUGUUCCCAUUGGAUACACAUUUGGAGCUGGGAUGUUUGAGAUGGAGCAAGUGAAAGGUGGUAGCCCAUAUGGUGCAGGAACUUUUGCUGGGGAUGGAUCAAGACAACCAACUGAGCUCGAACUUGGACAAGCCUUUCACCAGGGGAAGUACAUUGCUGGCAUUGCAAAGAAGCUCAAGGGAGUUGCUUGAUUUCUAGACCCUUAUACAACUAGUAUUUGAAGAUUAUAUACUUUUUGAUUUCUUCUUUCCUUCUUAAUUCCAGAGAUGUCGAGCUACUGCUUUUGUUGUGCUCGUAACAAUAAGAUUUUAUUCAAAUUACAUGGUCUGUCUUGAGCUUUAUGUGUUCUCUUUAGUACAGUGAUUUCUAUAAACGAUAUAUUAUAUAUAUAGAAUCGUCUUUGUUCUGAAUUUUA